AUGGAGAAAGGAAAUGCAUCUGUCAGCAGAACGAGGGUGGUUUUAUCUCAGGUUGUAGCAUGUUUAGCAUUAAACGUGCUGUUGGUCGGUCUUGGAAUGUCGAUGAGUUUUGUGACCAUGGUGCUGCCAGAAGUACUUGAUGCUAAAGAAGGAUUGUCCAUCAAUAAGAACCAGGCUUCGUGGUUUGGAAGCAUGGCAUUUCUAUGUCAGCCAUUGGGGAGUAUUUUUUCUGGUCCACUAUUGGAUUACUUCGGGAGAAAAAAGGCUUUAUUCCUCGUCAAUAUACCGCAUUUACUGGCUUGGUUAAUGAUGUAUUUUGCGUGGGACGUCCCUAGCCUGUUUCUGGCUAAUGCUCUUCUGGGCAUCGGCACCGGCAUUAUGGAAGCACCAUCCGUUACUUACGUUGGUGAGGUCAGUGAUGCUUCGCUACGCGGGACGCUUACGACCCUGACAAACGGUUUCACAUCAGCUGGUAUGUUCAUGGCUUACCUUCUGGGAACAGUUGUAUCAUGGCGCGAAGCAGCACUCGUGUCGCUCACUGUACCUCUUGCUACCAUGUUAUUAGUUCUUUUUGUCCCUGAAACUCCUAUUUGGUUACUAUCAAAAGGCAGACAAAAAGAAGCACUAGAUUCACUCUGUCGUCUUCGAGGUUGGGUUGAACCAGAAGAUGUUAAAGAGGAAUUUAACCAAUUAGUGGAAUAUAGUAAUAAUAUAAGCAGAUGUGUUCUAUGUACCAAAGAACAAGAGCUGGAUAGUAAAAUUUGUAAACAUUCAUCUUAUAAUUUUAUGAAAAGAUACCUUCUUAGACUGAAGCAUUUACUUUUUGUGAAAGAAACGAUGAGACCGUUCGGAUUAGUCAUGGCAUAUUUCUUCUUUUACACCAUGAGUGGUCUCCUGCCUGUUAGACCUAACAUGGUGAAUGUAUGCAAGGCUCUGGGAAUGAAAUUUGAUUCCAAAGCAAUUGUGGUCAGCGUCGCAUUGGUAUAUAUUGUGAUGAAUAUUGUAUCAGCUGUUGUAGUUAAGAUGUUUGGGAAGCGUAAAUUGAUACUAACAUCACUUUUCGCUUCAGCUUGUAGCAGCCUCGCUUUAAGUAUAUAUGCGGGCGUUAAACUGCCAGUUAGCGUAUUUUCAUAUGAACCGAGUACAUUUCCUAGUCAAACAGAAAUUAUUCCUGUUAUACUAUUUAUGUUGCUAGUUUGUUUCACCAGUUUAGGUAUACCAUGGAUCUUGCUGUCUGAAGUCUUUCCUUUCAGGAGUCGUGGUAUGGCUACGGGAUUGGCUGCCGCUUUAAGCUACCUCAUUUUCUUCGUAGCAGCAAAAUCCAAUUACAACAUUGAGGAAAAUUUCCACAUGAGUGGCUCCUUUAUGACUUAUGCCAUACUGGGUUUUAUGGGCACAGUAUAUUUGUACUUCUUCCUUCCAGAAACCGAGCGAAAGACAUUAGCCGAGAUUGAAGCGUUCUAUAAAGGGAAGUCGAAAAUAUUUGCAAAUGAUUUUGUUAUAAACGCUUUUAGGAAAACAAAAAUUGAGACGAAUGGCGCAGACAAACCAAUGCUAGAUUCGUGA